AUGGCCAAAGAAGUGUCCAGUUACUGUGGUUCGCCUUACCUAGCAGAGCUUUACGAGCUCCAAUGGGCUAGGCCCAACAUGCCAGACGUCGAAUUGUACACGAAAGUGCUCAUCGAUGCGGUCUCUAAGCACAGGGAGGCAGCCUCAGACCGUCAAUUCACCUUUCUCGAGAUCGGUACUGGCUCUGGCCGUGUGAUGCUAGGUAUUUUGAAACGCCUCGCAGCUGCAUCGUUCAACACCAGCAACAUCGAGAUGAUCGGUUUAGAUUACAUGCAGGUCAUGCUAGAUUUGGCAGUUAAGCUAGAAUCUAAGGAGAGUGGGCUUUCUCCUCCCGUAACCUGGGUGUUGGGCGAUGCACUGGCAAUGGAAAAGCUGCCCGUUCUAUCGCCGCGAGCGGGCAAAGAUGUCACCGUCGACCUGCUCCUUUUCCCAUUCAGUAGCAUUGUCCACAUGGUGGAGGAUGGGCAGCUAGAGCAGUUAUUCUUGCAAAUUGGCAAAGUGCUCACACCAGGCACAGGGCGAGCCUACAUAUCUCUGCUCAAUUGGUUCUUUAUCAGACCGGGCGACGACCUCAAAGCUCGAGUCGAAACUGAAGUCUUGCCACCACCGACGGACGUCCAGAGUGAAGAGUUUCCCGGGAUUCGGUACUAUAGCGAGACGAAGAAGAGCGAAUACAUGGGUAAACAGGUGGCUUACCGCGCAGACGUACAGAUCUUCAAGCGAGAGGAUGACGGGCAGGAAAAGGAAAUCGAGAGCUAUCGAAUUAAACAGACAUUACGAUGGUUUUCCGAGGCCGCCAUCAUGGCAGCCAUUGAAGCGGCCGGCUUGAAGCUGUUGGAGACGACGAUGGUGGGAUUAGACAUGGAAGGGGUGGAUGCCGACUAUCAAGAAAACAUAUUCGUCCUGCAGCGGGUGUAA